GCCGCCAUCUUUACUCCAGCGCUACCGGUUGAGUGGGGACGCCGCUCGAGCUGCUGUUGCUCCGUCAGGCACCACCAACAGAGAGCGACUCACCCAUCGCUGAGGUUCCACUUCUCCGCCCGCUAAGCAACGCCAGUCGCGGCACCGAGAGCCAUGGGAGAUCGAGAGGACCUGGUCUAUCAGGCCAAACUCGCCGAACAGGCGGAGAGAUACGAUGAAAUGGUUGAGUCCAUGAAGAAGGUGGCGGGCAUGGAUGUGGAGCUGACAGUGGAGGAGCGGAACCUGCUGUCUGUGGCGUAUAAGAACGUGAUCGGUGCCAGGAGGGCAUCCUGGAGGAUAAUCAGCAGCAUCGAGCAGAAGGAAGAGAACAAGGGCGGAGAGGACAAGUUGAAGAUGAUCCGGGAGUACAGGCAAACGGUUGAAACUGAGCUGAAGUCAAUUUGUAAUGACAUUCUGGAUGUACUGGACAAGCACCUCAUUCCGGCUGCAAACACAGGAGAGUCCAAGGUUUUCUACUACAAAAUGAAAGGUGAUUAUCACCGGUAUCUGGCGGAGUUUGCCACAGGGAAUGACAGGAAGGAGGCUGCAGAGAACAGUUUGGUAGCUUACAAGGCUGCUAGUGAUAUCGCCAUGAUAGAGCUCCCACCUACACACCCUAUCCGCUUAGGUCUCGCCCUCAACUUCUCCGUAUUUUACUAUGAAAUCCUCAAUUCACCUGACCGCGCAUGCAGGUUGGCAAAGGCCGCAUUUGAUGAUGCCAUUGCAGAGCUGGACACACUGAGUGAAGAAAGCUACAAGGACUCCACACUCAUCAUGCAGUUGUUACGUGACAACCUGACACUAUGGACAUCAGACAUGCAGGGAGAUGGUGAAGAACAGAACAAAGAUGCGCUCCAAGAUGUGGAAGAUGAGACUCAGUGAGCAACAUCAUCGCCAACAUAAUCGCCCCCCUCUUCCCCUCGUCCCCCCUAAACACCACCAGUGUCACAGUGGCCUACACAACGGCUCUCCUCAUUAGCUCCAUGCCCCUGUGGCUGCUUAGGGAUGACCUUUUUCAGUUUUUUAGAUGUUUUUUUUUUUAUUGUUAUUAUCAAUCUAAUUAUUAUUAUUAUACAUUUCAUUCACAUACAUACAUAAAGGUAGCCAAUAACAAUAAAAUUCUUGGCAAAGUGUGAGUCCCUGGAUUUUUUCCCCCCCCCCUCUGGUACAAGCUGUCUCUAUUCAAGUUGGAUACAAAUGUUCUUUUUCAUUUUGCUUUUUCAGCAUUCUUACCACUUGCUGGAUGUAUUUUAUUCAUGUAAUUGUUUUCUUAAUAUAAUUAGACAUUAACUAUGAUUAUCUUUAAUUAGAUAUGAGCUGGCAUUGUCCUUUGUCAGUGCAGUGAUCUCUAGACAUGUUUUGAAAGGGCAAUUCAAACAACGGAUCUUGGUGCCCAAUAGUGUGUCUUCUGUUGCUCUUUUGAAGGAAGAUUCUGGAUAUCCACGAGACCUUUCCAACAUAGCCUUUUAAAAUUAAGUAGUGUUUUAGUCUGUAUUUUGUGCUAAAAUGCUGUAACUGGUGUAGCCUUUAUUUGAACAGAUGGCUGAUGGCAGUCUCAAAAAAUCCACGGGAGCCUCACUGCUUCAUGUCCUUAGAUUGCCUUCUCCGAAAAGCAGGUCUCCAUUGGCUUCUGUCAAACCUCUUUAGAACUAAAAUAGUCAAUUUAAAACCUGCAUGUUCUAACAGUUUUCCCAUCUAUCUCCUUGCCUUUAUAUUUCACUCUUUCUGUCUCCUCUUUCCUUCUUUGUCUUUUGGUUCAGUAUGUGUAACUUGAAGCUAAUUUGUACUACUGGAUAUCUGACUGGACCCCACAGAUACAGAAUCUGUAUUAUUACUGAAACACAGCAUGGAAUUAACAUUCAACUUGAAAUAAAACAACCUAAA